UGUUUUUCAUGCAACACAGGAAGUGUGGUAAAGGUCGUUGCAUCACAUGGAUCCUUUAGGCUGCAGAGGAGUUUACACUGAAUGAGGUGCAGAACUCUGCAUCAUGCCGCUGUCGGACUUCCUGGACGGCCUGAAGGACAACCCGUACUUCGGUGCCGGGUUCGGGUUGGUCGGAGUCGGAACCGCGCUGGCCGUAGCCAGAAAGGGAGCCCAGGUGGGGAUGGUGUUGUUCCGCAGGAACUACAUGAUCACCCUGGAGGUUCCCAGCAGGGACAAGAGCUACCACUGGCUGCUGAGCUGGAUCACCAAGCACGCCAGGCACACGCAGCACCUCAGCGUGGAGACCUCCUACAUGGCCCACGAGAGUGGACGGGUCCACACGCAGUUCGACUUCCACCCGAGUCCGGGGAACCACAUCAUCUGGUACGGCAGGAAGUGGAUCCGAGUGGAGCGGACCAGGGAGAAGCAGAUGGUGGAUCUUCACACCGGGACUCCGUGGGAGUCCGUCACGUUCACAGCUCUGGGCAGAGACAGACAAAUCUUCUUCAACAUCCUGCAGGAAGCGCGGGAGCUGGCCCUGAAGCAGGAGGAGGGACGCACGGUGAUGUACACGGCCAUGGGCGGCGAGUGGAGGCCCUUCGGGUUCCCGCGGCGACGCAGACCCCUCAGCUCCGUGGUGCUGGAGGCCGGCGUGGCGGAGAAGAUCGUGGACGACGUGAAGGAUUUCAUCGGGAAUCCCAAGUGGUACACAGACAGAGGAAUCCCGUACAGGAGAGGGUAUCUGCUGUACGGUCCACCAGGAUGUGGGAAGAGCAGCUUUAUCACGGCGCUGGCGGGUGAGCUCGGCUACAGCAUCUGUCUGAUGAGCCUGAGCGACAGGACGCUGUCUGACGACCGGCUGAACCACCUGCUGAGCGUGGCGCCGCAGCAGAGCAUCAUCCUGCUGGAGGACGUGGACGCCGCCUUCGUCAGCCGGGACCUGCUCCCCAAUGAGAACCCGCUGGCCUUCCAGGGAAUGGGGAGACUGACCUUCAGCGGCCUGCUGAACUCACUGGACGGAGUUGCUUCCUCUGAGGCCAGAAUCGUUUUUAUGACCACCAACUUCAUAGAAAGGUUGGACGCGGCGCUGAUCCGACCCGGCCGGGUGGACCUGAAGCAGUACAUCGGCCACUGCACCGCCUGGCAGCUCGCCCACAUGUUCCGGCGGUUCUAUCCGGACGAGCCGCCAUCAGAAGGAGAACGCUUCGCCGAGCGAGCGUUAGCCGCUCACUCUGAGAUCAGCGCCGCUCAGGUUCAAGGACACUUUCUGCUCCACAAGACGGAUCCUGCAGGAUCGAUAGACAAUGUGGCCCAAAUUAAAGGAUGACGGGCCGGAACGGGACUCAAGAGACUGAUUACGGAAUAAAGAGAAUAUUUAAAAAGAAA